GUCAGAGAUCAGCUUAAGGGCAAAGGCUGGAAGCAGAGCGAACUGGGAGCAGAGCACACAGAGCCAUGGAGCGAGAGAUGCCGGCCCUGGGCUGGGCCGUGGCUGCCAUCCUGAUGCUGCAGAUGGCCAUGGCGGAGCCCUCCCCAGGGACUCUGCACAGGAAGGCAGGGGUGUUUUCAGACCUAAGCAACCAAGAGCUGAAGGCAGUGCACAGCUUCCUCUGGUCCAAGAAGGAGCUGAGGCUGCAGCCCUCCAGGACCACCACCAUGGCCAAGAACACCGUGUUUCUCAUUGAGAUGCUGCUGCCCAAGAAGUACCAUGUGCUGAGGUUUCUGGAUAAAGGUGAAAGUCAUCCUGUGCGGGAAGCCCGUGCCGUCAUCUUCUUUGGUGACCAGGAGCAUCCCAAUGUCACAGAGUUUGCUGUGGGGCCCCUGCCAGGGCCUUGCUACAUGCGAGCACUGUCCCCCAGGCCUGGGCACCAGUUCUCCUGGGCAUCAAGGCCCAUCUCCACAGCAGAGUAUGCCCUCCUCUACCACACCCUGCAGGAAGCCACCAAGCCCCUGCAUCAGUUCUUCCUCAAUACCACAGGCUUCUCAUUCCAAGACUGCCAUGACAGAUGCCUGACCUUCACUGAUGUGGCCCCCCGGGGUGUGGCUUCUGGCCAGCGCCGCAGUUGGCUUAUCAUACAGCGCUAUGUAGAAGGCUACUUUCUGCACCCCACUGGGCUGGAGCUCCUCGUGGAUCAUGGGAGCACAGAUGCCCGGCACUGGGCCGUGGAGCAGGUGUGGUACAACGGGAAGUUCUAUGGGAGCCCAGAGGAACUGGCUCAGAAGUAUGCAGAUAGAGAGGUGGACGUGGUGGUCCUGGAGGACCCACUGCCUGGGGGCAAGGGGCAUGAAAGCACGGAGGAGCCGCCCCUCUUCUCCUCCCACAAGCCCCGCGGGGACUUCCCCAGCCCCAUCCAUGUGAGCAGCCCCCGCUUGGUCCAGCCCCACGGCCCUCGCUUCAGGCUGGAGGGCAACGCUGUGCUCUACGGGGGCUGGAGCUUCGCCUUCCGGCUGCGCUCCUCCUCCGGGCUGCAGGUCCUGAACGUGCACUUCGGCGGAGAGCGCAUUGCCUAUGAGGUCAGCGUGCAAGAGGCAGUCGCGCUGUACGGAGGACACACACCUGCAGGCAUGCAGACCAAGUACCUCGAUGUCGGCUGGGGCCUGGGCAGCGUCACUCACGAGUUAGCCCCCGGCAUCGACUGCCCGGAGACCGCCACCUUCCUGGACACUUUCCACUACUAUGAUGCCGAUGACCCGGUCCAUUAUCCCCGAGCCCUCUGCCUCUUUGAAAUGCCCACAGGGGUGCCCCUUCGGCGGCACUUUAAUUCCAACUUUAAAGGUGGCUUCAACUUCUAUGCAGGGCUGAAGGGCCAGGUGCUGGUGCUGCGGACAACUUCAACUGUCUACAAUUAUGAUUACAUUUGGGACUUCAUCUUCUACCCCAAUGGGGUGAUGGAGGCCAAGAUGCAUGCCACUGGCUACGUCCACGCCACCUUCUACACCCCCGAGGGGCUGCGCCACGGCACUCGCCUGCACACCCACCUGAUUGGCAACAUACACACUCACUUGGUGCACUACCGCGUAGACCUGGAUGUGGCAGGCACCAAGAACAGCUUCCAGACACUGCAGAUGAAGCUAGAAAACAUCACCAACCCCUGGAGCCCGAGACACCGCGUGGUCCAGCCGACCCUGGAGCAGACGCGGUACUCCCGGGAGCGCCAGGCGGCCUUCCGCUUCAAAAGGAAGCUGCCCAGGUACCUGCUCUUUACCAGCCCCCAGGAGAACCCCUGGGGCCACAAGCGCAGUUACCGCCUGCAGAUCCACUCCAUGGCCGACCAGGUGCUGCCCCCAGGCUGGCAGGAGGAGCAGGCCAUCACCUGGGCAAGGUACCCCCUGGCAGUGACCAAGUACCGGGAAUCGGAGCUGUGCAGCAGCAGCAUCUACCACCAGAACGACCCCUGGGACCCGCCCGUGGUCUUUGAGAAGUUUCUUCACAACAAUGAGAACAUUGAAAAUGAGGACCUGGUGGCCUGGGUGACGGUGGGCUUCCUGCACAUCCCGCACUCAGAGGACAUUCCCAACACAGCCACACCUGGGAACUCCGUGGGCUUCCUGCUCCGGCCAUUCAACUUCUUCCCAGAGGACCCCUCCCUGGCAUCCAGAGACACUGUGAUCGUGUGGCCUCGGGACAACGGCCCCAACUACGUCCAGCGCUGGAUCCCUGAGGACAGGGACUGCUCAAUGCCUCCCCCUUUUAGCUACAAUGGGACCUACAGACCUGUGUGACCAACCCCCAGUUCCUCCCCCAGUUCCUCCCAGGAAGCCCAGGAGCCUCACUGGGGCAGACAAUAAACCCUCAGA